GGGUUUGAAGGUAAGUGGUAAGAAAAAAGUUCCUGAAAGCAGUAUGACAGAGUUCUGGGGAAAAAAAUUGAAAAAAAUCACAUUUGAAGAGUGGGAGAUUUGAAUGCUGAUUCCACAAAGGCAGUGCUGGAUGCCAUACUGGAAGCAGAGAGUGAUUGCUGCCCACCACCCUCGCUGGUGCCGAGGGAAGAUGUGGAGUCCAUGGAGAGUGAAGUACAGAAUGACAUGAAGCCAGUGUUUGCAUUGUUGGUUCCUCUUACACCCAACGAAGAACCUAUGGUAUCCUCUGUGGGAUGUGCCUACGAUAAUACAAGGUGGAUUGAAAAUACUGGUGAGAGCUGUGGCAUUUCGUUUGAAGAAUCUGUUAAUCAAGGAGAAGUCAUUGAUGAGCAGGGGAUAGGCGCAGAGGGGUCGUCACACGUCUCCAUGUGUGGUGGUCUAACCCAAAGAUUACUGUCUCAAGAGGAUGACUCGUUCAGCACAAGAUACAAUUGUAGUUUGGAGGUAAAAGAAGUUCAUGAAUUUAGCUGUAGUUUCUGUCUACAGCGAUUUCCAUCAAAAUAUUCCCUCUUAAUGCAUGUAUUUAUCCACAUAGAUGGUGUGCAGCCACCUAAACAUAUUUGUAAGUCAUGUGGUGAGGUAUUUCCCAGUAAUGACAGCUUGAACAAACAUUUGAAAAUGAGUGAAGGUGAUGAAGUUUUACCUGCUGAUAAUAAGACAUUUGACAGCUGUGAUGACCAUGAAAACAUCUUCUUGAAAGGUGAUAGAAAACUUUCUAUCAUGGUGCAGACGGAGAAGCAAUCUUCAUCCAAGGAAUGUUGGAAAAGUUCAAAGAAAUCCUUUAAUGACACACAUCACAUUCAGACUGUGACAUGUGUUGCAGAGAAACCGGACUGACAUGAUCAUUCCGCAACUUCAUCUACAACAGGUAAUGUCAAUGCCAACAGUGUUUUAAUUACUCCAGAGAAAACACAUAAAUGUGAUGGUUGUGAAAAGUCUUAUACUCAGUUGGGCAAGCUAAGGAACCACACAUUAAUAAACACUGGGAUGAAACCCGAAAAAUGUGGUAUCUGCGACAAAACUCUUACAUUGUCGUUUGGUCUCAAGAGGCAAUCACUGAUACACACUAGAGAGAGACCACAUAAAUGUGAUGCUUGUAGCAAAUCUUUUACACGGUUAGAACAUCUUAAGAGGCACUUACUAAUACACAUUGGUGAGAGACCCCACAAAUGUGACAUUUGUGGUAUGUCUUUUACUCAGUUGGAUUACCUCAAGAGCCAUGCAUUGAAACAUACUGGAGAGAGACCUUACAAAUGUGAUACAUGCGGAAAAUCUUUUACUCGCUUGGAACAUCUCAAGGGCCAUGCAUUAAUACACAGUGGAAAAAAGGAUC